AUGGGCCAAUCGGUGAUGGUUUUUUACUGUCUAGACGAAGUACAGAUGAUUGAGUUAUCAGAAUCCAAAGCAAUCCCACACAAUCAGUGGCGGAUUGCUGCGUCAUUUUUUUUCUUCCUUCCUUCCUUCCGUUGCAUUAUGUUAAUAUUUUUCAUUCAACACUUUUUUUUUCAUUACACUAUCUUUCAGUUUUCAUUCAUUUUCUCUCUUUUGUCUUCUUUCAUUUGUAUUGUUUUCAUUCCUAGCUCACUCAUUCAUUUCUUUUCUAUUCCUGAUCUUUCUUUCUUUCUUUCUUUCUUGCUUAAUUUGUCUUUCUUUAAAUAUGUCCUUUCUCAGUAUUAUGCUUUAGUUUUUAUUAUUUUCAUUCUUACAUUUCUCUUUCAUUUUUUUUCUAUUCCUAAUCUUUCUUUCUUUCUUUCUUUCUUUCUUUCUUUCUUUCUUUCUUUCUUUCUUUCUUUCUUUCUUUCUUUCGUUUGCUUGUUCCUGAUCUUUCUUUCUUUCUUUCUUUCUUUCUUUCUUUCUUUCUUUCUUUCUUUCUUUCUUUCUUUCGUUUGCUUGUUCCUGAUCUUUCUUUCUUUCUUUCUUUCUUUCUUUCUUUCUUUCUUUCUUUCUUUCGUGCUUUCUUUCUUUCUUUCGUUUGCUUGUUCCUGGUCUUUCUUUCUUUCUUUCUUUCUUUCUUUCUUUCUUUCUUUCUUUCUUUCUUUGUCCUUUAAAUAUUUUCUUUAUUUUGUAUUAUUUUCAUUCUUAUCUCUCUCUUUCAUUUGUUUUCUAUUUCUAAUCAUUCUUUCUUUCUUUCUUUCUUUCUUUGUCCUUUUUCUUUUCUAUUACGAAUCUUUCUCUCUGUCGUUCGUUCUUUCUUGCUUUAAAUGUACACUUUUUCAUUCUAUCUCUUUCUUUCUUUCUUUCUUUCUUUCUUUCUUUCUUUCUUUCUUAGUUUUCUUUCUUUCAUUUCUUUUCUGUUCCUCAUCUGUUUUUUCUUUCUUUCUUUUUAAUUCAUUUAUUUUUUCUUUUAACUUUAUUUUCUUUAUUUUUUUCGCAUUGCUUCUUCCUUUAAUUCUUUCCUUUAAAUUUCUAUCGUCUAUCAUUUUUUAUUGCCUUUUUUCUCUUUCUUUUCCUAUCUCUUUCUUUCUUUCUUUCUUUCUUUUUCUCUGUAUGUUUCAUUCUUUUAUUUUUCAGACUAUUUCUCUUAUUUUUCUCUUUUUAUUUCUUUCUCUAAAACCUUUCUUUUGCUUUUUCUUUCACUUUAUUACAUUCCUUUUUUAUUCGCUCCGUUUUUCUAUUCUUUCUUAUUCGUCUAUAUUAAUUUCUUUUUUUGUUACUUCUCUUUACCUUAUUUUUCUAUUGCUUCUGCCAUUAAAGAAUGAUCAAUCCCUCGAUGAGAUCUAUCUAUCUAUCUAUCUAUCUAUCUAUCUAUCUAUCUAUCUAUCUAUCUAUCUAUCUAUCUAUCUAUCAUAUCUAUGUAUCUAUAUCUAUCUAUCUAUCUAUCUAUGUCAGUCUGUACAUUAUCUAUCUAUCUAUCUAUCUAUCUAUCUAUCUAUCUAUCUAUCUAUCUAUCUAUCUAUCUGUCCUAGUCUGUUCAUAUCUAUCUAUCUAUCUAUCUAUCUAUCUAUCUAUCUAUCUAUCUAUCUAUCUAUCUAUCCUAGUCUGUUCAUAUUCAUUCAUCUAUCUAUCUAUCUAUCUAUUCAUCUAUCUAUCUAUCUAUCUCUAUCUAUACAUUAUCUAUUCAUUAUCUAUCUAUCUAUCAUAUCUAUCUAUCUAUCUAUCUAUCUAUCUAUCUGUCCUACGAUAUUUUCUUUCUUUCUUUCUUUCUUUCUUUCUUUCUUUCUUUUCCCUCGUUUUCUUUCUUUCUUUCUUUCUUUCUUUCUUUCAUUUAUUUUCUUUCUUUCUUUCUAUUCGUUUUUCCUUUCUUUCCCCUCGUUUACUUUCUUUCUUUCUUUUCCACUUCCUUUUCUUUUCCCUCAUUUUCUUUAUUCUUUCUUCGUUUUAUUCUUUCUUUCUUUCUUUCUUUCUUUCUUUCUUUCUUUCUUUCUUUCUUUCUUUCUUUCUUUCUUUCUAUUCGUUUUUCCUUUCUUUUCCCUCGUUUUCUUUCUUUCUUUCUUUUCCCUCAUUUUCUUUAUUCUUUCUUUCUUUCGUUGUUUCUCUCUUUCUAUUCAUCUUCCCUUUCUUUUCCUCAUUUCCUUUAUUCUUUCUUCCUUUCUAUCUAUUCGUUUUUCCUAUCUUUCCCCUCGUUUUUUCUUUUUUCUUUCUUUCUUUCUUUCUUUCUUUCUUUCUUUCUUUCUUUCUUAUGUCACCACCACCAAUAUCACUGCCACUAACGCCGCCACCUUCGCCAUCAACAACAAUCAUCAUCGGCGAUAUGAUUAUGACGACGAUGACGACGAUGAUUAUUAUUAUUCAUUCGUCGUCGCUGGAUUUCUGUUAUCGUUUCGCAACAGCGCCUCAGAGCCGUCUUUUCCAACCCUCCUCAUUCGAGGAUGA